UCUCUUCUUAAAACUAUUGCUCACAAAUCCGAAUCCGAAACUUCCGACUAUCGAUCUGAAAUUACCUUUCUUCUCAAUCGAUUCAGUAUGUUCGAUAUGAACCGAAGCGUGGUUUUUCACGCUAUGAAUCAUCCUCAGAUCAAGGUAACGUGUAACAAAGGCAUGGCGGGUGUUCCUAUUCUAUUCAUCUUUGGCUUCAAGUCAAGGGCGAAAAGAAUUUGGUUCUGAGAUUAUACCGUACAUAUGAACUUGAUCUAGAUAAUUCUAGCGAAAGGACAUGCUUCCCCUUCCUUCCCUUGCGAGUCUUCUAAUCUUUUAUUAGCUACCCUAUCAACAGAAUGUCGACCGAUAAGAUCACAUUCUUGAUGAACUGGUAGGCUACAAAAUUUAAUCGUAGCUUCAAAUGGAUGGAAAAGCUCAUUUGAAGUAAAGGAGUAAUCUAACGGUUGUUUUUUCUUAGGCACGCAACGCCAUAUCAUGCACCUGUCUAUCUUGCUCAGAAGCUUGGAUACUUUGCCGAUGAAGGCAUCAAGGUAGCUCUUCUUGAGCCUAAUGAUCCUAGUGGUUAGAAACUUAAUGCUAGAUAGUUGGUUGGGGAGUAGCUAACGAAAUCAACAGAUGUUACCGAGAUCAUUGGCUCUGGAAAGGUUGAUAUGGGGUUCAAAGCCAUGAUUCAUACUCUUGCUGCCAAAGCUCGGAAUUUUCCUGUUACCUCAAUCGGCUCUUUACUUGAUGAACCAUUCACCGGAGUGGUUUAUCUCAAAGAUAGUGGAAUUACCCCUGACUUUCGUAGUCUUAAAGGAAAGAAGAUUGGAUAUGUUGGAGAAUUUGGAAAGGUAGGAAUGAAUUAAUCUAACCGUUCUAAUUGAUCUAAUACUUGGUGACCACAGAUCCAAAUCGAUGAGUUGACCAAGCACUAUGGAAUGGAACCAACUGAUUACGAGGCCGUGCGUUGUGGCAUGAAUGUCUCAAAGGCCAUCAUUGAAGGAAGUAUUCAUGCUGGCAUUGGGUUGGAGAACGUACAAAUGGUUGAAUUGGAGGAAUGGCUCGCAGACCAAGGUCGCCCUCGUUCCGAUGUUCAAAUGCUCCGUAUUGAUGAGCUUGCUGAGCUUGGAUGUUGUUGCUUCUGCUCUAUCUUGUAUAUCGGUUCGUCCCGUGGUCCAAAAUCUGAAAAUGCCGAUUAACGUUUCAUAGCAAACGAUACAUUCAUGGCACAAAACCCGGAGAAGAUUCGCAAGUUCAUGAAGGCCGUUAAACGAGCAACUGACCACGUACUUGCUUCUCCGACUGAAGCUUAUAAGACAUACAUUGACAUCAAACCUGAGAUGGCAUCUUCGGUCAAUCGUAAGAUCUUCGAACGAUCUUACGCAUACUUUUCAAAGGAUUUGAAGAAUGUUCAGCGUGAUUGGGAAAAAGUCACCAAGUAUGGUAAACGUCUUGGUGUCUUGAAUGAAGACUUUAGUCCUAACUACACUAACGAAUUCCUUGAAUGGAAGCUUGAAGGUGACUCCGCUGAUCCAACCGGUGAUCAAAAGAGAAUGGUUGUUUUACAACAAGAAGUUGCCGAUAAGGGUGGUUUCAAAAGACUCGAUGUUAAGCUUGCUGCAUGAGGAUUCUCUUAGUAGCUCGAAUUGAGAGAUUUGAGAUCAAUUCCUACUUUCGUUGAUUAACGAAAAACACACUCGUUUUAUAUUUACCAAUGAAUCAUAUUCGAAUCAAGCAAUA